UGUUAAAUAACGUCAACAGAAGGUCAAAUAUUGUGAAAUGAAAUACUGACAUGGCUUCAACUGAUUGUAACAAUAAUCCUGUCCUUCCUACCCUGCACUGUAACAGGGAAUUGUUGAGCUGGGGAGGAAUGGGAGCUGGAAUUGGCUGCAUGUCAGGGAUGCUGCCAGCAAAGGUUUUGAGUUAUGGAGCCUUCAGGGUUGUUUGAAAAGAGUGCUGGGCAAAACACCCACAUUCUUCUUAUGUCCCGAGUUUGUUGUACAUUGUCUUAAUCCCCAAAGAGAAAACACCGUGAAACAUCCAUCACUGCUUUCCUCUUCACUCUCUGUGCCGCUGCUGCCUGAGGCAGAUCCUCAGAGAUGCUGUUGCACCCUUGGUUCUGACUCUCCUCCUUCUUUUCACACUUGGUUCCUGUGUGAGCACUUAGCUUUUUAAAAGAAGUGGGUUUUAUCCUCUUUCCUCUGCUCAGAUCGUCUAUAAUUGCAUAAUCUUCUUUGUCAUGUUGCUCACUGCCAAUCUGUGGUAUCUACCCCUUUCUGGAUAUCUCUCUCACACCCCUCAGCAGUGAUGUGCAAACACCACAUCCUGCACUAUCAAAGAAAAUAUGCAAUUCUAAUCUUUGUCACACAGCUAAACCAUCCCUCCUUGUAACCCCAGGACAGUCACAUCUUCCAGCAGUGUCUCAGUUGCAUCCCUCGAUCUCAUGGUCACUCCUUUCUAUGCGAGAAAGAGAUUUGCUGUUUAAUAGAGUGGAGAAUGAGUAACGGUGAAAAUUUCUCACACCAACAGCUCCACAAAACACCCUAAUGAAGCUAUGCAGAUUCAUGUCCCUUUUUCCCUCCCUGUUUCAUCAUUAACUCUGUCUUUGACUCUCCCCACAGAGGGGCUGAAGUCUCUCAGUUUUGAUAUCCUAGCCUUGAAAUAUUCAAUUUGAUUACCAUAUCCCUCAGCUCUGCCUCGUGCCCCCAGAACAGUGUCUUGGGCCUCUCUGGAGCAAAGAAAAUUUAAAAUGUUGGCAUUGUAUUACAUAAUUCACAAAAGAAACCACAAAUAUACUUGAUCUCGACAACAGGACUGUCCACAAAGCAACCUGGGAUUCAAGCAAUUUGUGUGAAAUUAGAGCUAUUUAAGCCCUAUCCCUGAAAAUCAGAUUAGAUACCUCUCCUCCUCUGUUACUCAUCUGUUUUGUGAGCACUUAUCUCAGCAGGUUAGUACAAUUGGGCUUUUCUACACUUUCCUAGCAAGUAAAUGGGAGUAAACUACCACAUCCUUCAAAAUCCACAGACCCAGGCUAUAUUUUGUAGUGGAUUACGCAAUGGGACAAAUGUGAGAUGAGAUACACAAAGUGCCUCCUGGCAGAACCUGUUGGAGACCUGCUGAGCUUCUUCGUUAUUCCUAUCAUUAAGCUGAAAGGUCUCAGGCAGAGCAACAGAUGAUGCCCUUUUCUCCUUCCACUCACUCUCACCAAGGCGUAGUGCAUGGACAAAAGGCAUUUUUCUUUAUUCUACUCUUCCACUCUGGUCCAGGAGCCGUUUUUAUGUGCCACAAUAUCUUCUUGAUAAGCCAUGGCACUAAGAUUCACCAGCCCAUUCCCAGCAAACUCACCAAUAAUCGUCACACCAGACAAUAGGGUGGCAUAGUCAGGGCUCAUUUCAGCAUUUGCAACACAAAGGCAAGUCAGUCAGAAGAGGCUCUUUUCCUUGGUGAGAAGAGCCAGUAUUUACCCACCCUGAGAAGUACUGGGUAGAAGGUAAACAUUUUGUUGCCUUUUUUGAUUGUGCAGCACAAAAUGGCUUUUUAAAAUGUUUUAAGAUGCAUAUAGGAUGGCCUAGUACAGUUUCAUUGCAGCCGAGUGCCAGGGCAUAUUACGUGAAGUGUUGAUCUUUCCUUCACGUUCAAUUGGAUAUAGAACAGUUUGUUUUCACUCCUCCUUUCUGGCAACAGGCCCAGCCUCGUGUACUUCCAUAUAAACCGAGCCCCUUGUAGCAGAAUAUCUGCCCAAGGUAUUGGCAAGACUCCGAAAUUGCAGUGGUCCUGGUGAUAAUGGCAGUUCUUUUCUCAAGUAUCAAGGGUAUGCUCUUCCUCUUGCUCCUCCCAUACUUUUGUUUUGGUCAGCCUGCACCUUCACUGCUGCGUUUCUCCAUCUUCCUGGAGCCUACAAUCAUGGUUUACCUCUGCUGAGACCAUGACGAACAGGAGGUGAUGACAUUUGAGCUGCAAGUCCAUACAACUGGCUGGGUGGCAUUUGGAUUCAGCCCUCAUGGAGAGUUGCCUGGAUCUGACAUUGUGAUAGGAAGUGUCUUCCCCAAUGGCAGCAUCUACUUCUCCGAUUGCCACAUGGUAGAUGAGGCCACCCUUGAGGAAGAUGAAAGCCAGGACUACCAAGUGCUGUCGGUAUCAGAGAAUGAGACCUCCACCAUGCUGUUCAAAACGCACCUUCAGACAUGUGACACAAAUUACCUGAGUAAUACGGAUACAGCACACCUCAUUACUGCAUUUGGCACUGAUUACACAGUUCAAUUCUUUGAAGGACAAAGAUUUUCCAAAUCUGUUUUCUUGGUGAGCUACAGAGGCCCACCUGACUUAACUGACCCCAAAAUAUUCUUCACUUAUGAUCUGAGGCUGGACAAUUUUGCUGUCCCAGUUCAAGAAACCAAGUAUGCCCGUGACUUUAUCCCACUGCCCAUGGUCAAGCAGAAACACCAUAUCUACAAGAUAAACUUGCAGGCUUUUGAACCUGUAAUAACACCCCACAACAUAACCUUGGUUCAUCCCAUUUUUGUUUAUGCCUGUGGCAACACCAGUGUGUUACCCAGUGGCGCAGGUGAUUGCUAUGGAGCCAAUCCAGAUUUUUCCCUGUGCUCUCAGGUGCUUGUGGGCUGGGCUGUUGGAGGAGAGUCUUACCAAUUUCCAAAUGAAGCUGGAAUUUCCAUAGGGACACUUAGGGACCCUCAGUACAUCCAACUAGAAAUCCAUUACAGCAAUUUUGACUUGUUACCAGGCUUGAUUGACAGUUCAGGGAUGCGAAUCUAUCACAUGCCAGAGCUACGGAAAUAUGAUGUGGGGGUUCUGCAAACAGGUGUCUUCAUUUUCCCUGUGCAUUUCAUUCCUCCUGGAGCAGAAUCCUACAGAUCUUAUGGCCUGUGCAAUUCCAGCCAGUUUGAUGAAAUGAAUGGGAUGCUGGUUCCAGAUCUGCAUGUCUUUGCCUACUUGCUUCACACCCACCUGUCUGGCAAAGGAGUGAAAGCUGCUCAACACCGGAAUGGUGAGCAGCUGGGGAUCUUCUCUGAGGACAAUAAAUAUGAAUUCAGACUGCAGGAGAUUUGGGACAUGAAAGAAAUCCUCAUUACCAAACCAUGUGACCUAUUGUGUUCCCUAGGGGAUGAGAUCCUGGUUGAAUGCAACUAUGAGACACUGGAUUGGUCAAGAAUUACUUCUGGUGGGUUAAGCACCAUGAAUGAGAUGUGUCUCACAUUCCUCUUCUACUGCCCUCGUAACAACAUCUCCAGUUGUUUGAGCUACUCUGACAUGUUGCAUGUUGCAUGUGUACUCAAGCGGGAGGCCUCAGAUGCAGAGGAAGGAAUGAUGGCCAUGGACUUUUUUGACUGGGACAAUGAGACUGUCAAAAUUGCAAAGAAAGCAGCCGAGGAGGCAGUUCAAGUAGUCUUAAUUAGAAACAUUAAUGAACUCCAGAGAAAUGAGAGUGGUCUAAUCAGAGACAUCAAUAUUCCAGAGCGGGCUGCCUGUCACAAUAUUUCUGGACACCUCUCAAUGUCAGGCCUGAGGGCCACAGCAAACCUUUGUUUGAACACAGUUUGUGCUUCUGAGUCAUCAGCCACCAAAGAAACCACUUCACUUCCUUUUCUUUCACUCACACAGCUGGUGUUUGCUUGGCUUAUCUUGGCCUCUGAAUACGGAAACUGAGGGGCAGAACACCAAAACAGAUCACUGGCCUGCUGGAGAAGACUCUGAAGUUACCACCUGGUAAUGGGGUAUUCCAGAUCUGAUGGCCCUGAACAUGAGAGGAUACUUAAACAAUAGAAAAAUGUCUCCCUUUGGAAGAAAUACGUUCAACAGGCACUGGCAUUUAUUUCCGUUUCAUUAAAAAUACUUUCUAGUAUAGUUCAUUCUGAAUCAGAAAAGCAAUGUACUAUAAUGCAGUAAAGACAGGAAAGCAGGCACCUCUUCAAUAGCUGCUCUUAAUUAUUAAAUCCAGAGCUUUCAUAGAUGGGCUACUAUAUGUAUUUGCUCACUGCCAUUUCAGUAAUCAUUAUCUAUUGUCAAGCUAUCAACAUACUGCCUGUACUCAGGUCAGUACAGAAAACUAAGCUCCUAAGUUAUUAACGUCUUUGAAUCUAAAACUAGUCCUGCCAUAUCUAGCAAGAAAGUAUGUAUUCCAAUGACCUCAUGGCAGAGAAUUCACCUGCUGAUUGCCAGGUAAUAAUGACACAAGGACUCAUUGUUUACAGAAAAAUGGACUUUAUACAUUGUCAUAUAGCCAACCUAUGAAUUCAAAUUUUACAAAAGCUAAGCCAUUUGUUGCUCUUUUCUUAUAUUUUUCCCCAAUGUAUACACGAGAAUUAGAAGAGCAAAUCUGAUGAUAGUUAUGUUCUUUGUCACGAUACUUACUCUUCUGAAUUUCAAAUUUCAUACUGAAAUUUUUCAACAAAUUAUCUCCUCACUUUCCCAAAGGCAGAGUCUCUGCUUAUUUUGACAAUAAUUGGUACACAAGGCAAACACACCCUCAGACUUUAAAAGCAAGCGUCACAAACAGAGUGAUUAGGAGGUUAACUAACCAUGCAGAGUGGAUUCCUUCCUCGGUGGACUAAUGAACAUGUAUUAGCUAGUAAUUAGCUUGGCUAAAACUGAAGCAUGGACAGAAAAAAAAUAUUUGCCUUGAAGGCAAGUUCAUGAAGAGAACCCAUGAGAUUGCAAGAGAAUCAUCCAGACACCCAGUCAUGUCCUGAAUAGAGCAUACAUUACAGAGAUCACUGCACUGUGCUUAGUAACAUAAUCUUAAUUCUCACUAAACAUUUUCCCCUUCAGAUUCCUAUGGGAAUAUACCAAAUUCCUUCUGAGUCAGAGCAUAGCCAAGUCACUGCAAGGCCAGUAGUAGUGAGUGACACAUUCACCCUCCAUUGUACUUAAUGAGGGUCAGAGGUGUGCAUAGAAUAAAACAGAACAGUUCCAGUUGCAAAGUACCUACAACAAUCAUCUAGUCCAACUGCCUGACCAAUUCAGGGCUGACCAGAAGUUAAAGCUCAUUACUAAGGGCAUUGUCCAAAUUUCUCUUCAACACUGACAGGCUUGGGGCAUCAGCUACAUCUCUAGGAAGCCUGUUCCAGUGGUUCACCACCCUCUCG